AUGUUUCAAAUACACCAAAAACUAAAAGCUUGUCGCCAUGAAAUUAUCAAAUGGAAGACACAAAACAACAGUAAUGCAAAAGCAAAAAUUGAUUACCUCACACAGCAACUCCAAAGAGCCAAAACCCAAGCUCCAGUCCACAUUCACUGGCCAUACAUUAAACAACUAGAACAGCAGCUCUACACAGCCAGAAAACAAGAGGAGGAUUUCUGGAACAAAAGUCCAGACAAUGCUGACAUAUCAAACUAUACUACAACGCCUCAUUCAAGACCACUUCAAGGAGAAAUUUACAACUACUCAUUCCUCGACCAGUGUAGAGUAUCAUACUUUUGCCCCAUUAGCCUAUGCUCUGUCUUCUAUAAAAUAAUUUCAAAGAUACUCACUUCCAGACUUCAACAUAUCAUACAUGUGCUAGUAUCGCAAAACCAAAAUGCAUUCACUAAAGGUCGCUCAAUUUCUGAUAACAUCCUCCUGGCACAUGAGAUGUUGCACUAUCUAAAGACAAAAACUAAAGGCAACUCCCAUUUCAUGGCUUUAAAGCUCGACAUUAGUAAAGCUUACGGUAAGCUGGAGUGGCCCUAUAUCAAAUCGAUCUUACAGGCUUGGGGUUUCCAUCCUGUAAUACCCCAAAAUAAUUAG